CACACCUCCGCCCCCCACUCUAUGUAUUUAACCCCUUGCCUACCGGGCACUUAUACCCCCUUCCUGCCCAGGCCAAUUUCCAGCUUUCAGUGCUAUCACACUUUGACAAUUACGCGGUCAUGCAAACACUGUACCCAUAUGACAUUUUUAUCAUUUUUUUGUGACAGCUUUAUUUUGGUGGUAUUUAAUCACCUCUGGGUUUUUUAUUUUGUCUUAAACCAAAAAAACACUGAAAAUUAAAAAAAAAAAAACAAAAACCUUUUUUCUUAGUUUUUGUUAUAAAAUUUUGUAAAUAA